GGCAGACAUCUUCUCCAGUGUGUGAAGAUCUGCAGCAGGACAGACUGGCUCUCUCCUGAAGCAGCUGAAACAACAGACAGAGCCAGCGUUUGAUUGUUCAUCACUCAGCACCGGCAGUGUCGGCUACGACAUCGCCACUAUGGGGUACGGGAGGUCUGACAGUUACCGUGUGGCCACCACACAGGGAGACAAGGAUGACAAGAUCUCGCCGAAAAAGGGCAAGGCCCCGAAACGGGACAUGGACGAUCUGAAGAAGGAAGUCGCUCUGACCGAGCACAAGAUGUCAGUGGAGGAGGUGUGUCGCAAACACAAUGCCGACUGUGUGCAGGGUCUCACCCACGCCAAGGCAGCGGAGUUCCUGGCCCGCGAUGGCCCCAAUGCCCUGACCCCUCCACCCACCACCCCGGAGUGGAUCAAGUUCUGCCGUCAGCUCUUUGGAGGCUUCUCCAUCCUCCUGUGGAUCGGGGCAAUCCUCUGCUUCCUGGCCUAUGGCAUCCAGGCUGCAACUGAGGAUAAUCCUGCGGGGGACAAUUUAUACCUGGGCAUCGUACUGUCAGCUGUAGUCAUCAUCACCGGCUGUUUCUCAUAUUACCAAGAGGCAAAGAGCUCAAAGAUUAUGGAGUCCUUCAAGAACAUGGUGCCUCAGCAAGCUAUGGUGAUUCGGGAAGGGGAGAAGACCCAGAUCAAUGCUGAGGAAGUAGUUGCCGGUGACCUGGUCGAAGUUAAAGGUGGUGACAGAAUACCAGCCGAUCUGAGGAUUAUCUCUGCUCAUGGUUGUAAGGUUGAUAAUUCCUCACUAACCGGGGAAUCAGAACCACAGACACGUUCCCCGGAUUGUACAAAUGACAAUCCGCUGGAGACCAGGAAUAUUGCUUUCUUCUCAACCAACUGUGUAGAAGGCACUGCCCGCGGGAUUGUGAUAUUCACCGGCGAUCGGACUGUAAUGGGUCGCAUCGCUACCCUGGCUUCCGGAUUGGACACGGGGAAGACGCCCAUCGCCAAGGAAAUUGAGCAUUUCAUCCAUAUCAUCACGGGUGUGGCUGUGUUCCUGGGAGUUACCUUCUUUAUUCUCUCCAUCAUCCUGGGAUAUAGCUGGCUGGAGGCUGUGAUCUUCCUGAUCGGAAUCAUUGUCGCUAACGUCCCUGAGGGUUUACUGGCCACAGUAACGGUCUGCCUGACCCUGACUGCAAAGCGCAUGGCCCGGAAGAACUGCCUGGUGAAGAACCUGGAGGCUGUGGAGACCCUGGGAUCGACCUCGACCAUCUGCUCAGACAAGACCGGGACCCUGACCCAGAACAGGAUGACCGUGGCCCACAUGUGGUUCGAUAACCAGAUCCACGAGGCUGACACCACUGAGGACCAGUCCGGUGCCUCCUUCGACAAGAGUUCUGUCACCUGGGCGUCACUGUCCCGGAUUGCUGCACUCUGUAAUCGAGCCACUUUCAAACCAGGACAGGAAAACAUCCCCAUACUGAAGAGAGACGUGGCUGGUGAUGCCUCGGAGUCUGCAUUGUUGAAGUGCAUCGAGCUUUCCUCGGGAUCAGUGAGAGCAAUCAGAGAUAAGAACAAGAAAAUCAACGAGAUUCCAUUUAACUCCACAAACAAAUACCAGCUCUCCAUCCACGAGACAGAAGACCCGAAUGAUAAGAGAUACCUGCUGGUGAUGAAGGGAGCCCCAGAGAGAAUCCUUGACCGAAGCUCAACCAUCAUGAUACAGGGCAAAGAGCAGCAACUGGACGAGGAGAUGAAGGAGGCUUUCCAGAAUGCAUACAUGGAGCUGGGAGGACUGGGAGAACGGGUACUGGGUUUCUGCCACUUCUUCUUGCCUGAGGAACAGUUCCCGAAAGGAUUCGCCUUCGACACGGACGAUGUCAACUUCCCCACAGAGAACCUGUGCUUCAUCGGCCUGAUGUCCAUGAUCGACCCCCCGAGGGCAGCCGUGCCCGAUGCUGUGGGCAAGUGCCGGAGCGCGGGCAUCAAGGUUAUCAUGGUGACCGGAGACCAUCCGAUUACAGCCAAGGCCAUCGCCAAGGGAGUGGGGAUCAUAUCAGAAGGAAAUGAGACUGUGGAAGAUAUCGCUGCCCGGCUGAAUAUCCCAGUCAGCCAGGUGAACCCACGAGAUGCCAAGGCAUGUGUGAUCCACGGAACUGACCUGAAGGACCUGACUGGGGAGCAGAUUGAUGACAUCCUGCGGAAUCACACGGAAAUUGUCUUCGCCCGAACCUCACCACAACAGAAACUCAUCAUCGUGGAGGGCUGUCAGAGGCAGGGUGCUAUUGUAGCUGUGACUGGAGAUGGUGUCAAUGACUCUCCUGCCCUGAAGAAGGCUGACAUUGGGGUGGCAAUGGGGAUUGCUGGAUCAGAUGUAUCCAAACAGGCAGCGGACAUGAUCCUGCUCGAUGACAACUUUGCUUCCAUCGUCACAGGAGUGGAGGAAGGUCGAUUGAUUUUUGACAAUUUGAAGAAAUCCAUUGCCUACACAUUGACCAGUAACAUUCCGGAGAUCACCCCCUUCCUUCUCUUCAUCAUGGCCAACAUCCCUUUGCCACUCGGGACCAUCACCAUCCUGUGCAUCGACCUGGGAACUGACAUGGUUCCUGCCAUCUCAUUGGCCUAUGAAGCCGCGGAGAGUGACAUCAUGAAGAGACAGCCUCGAAACCCACGAAUGGACAAACUGGUGAACGAGAGGUUAAUCAGCAUCGCGUACGGCCAGAUUGGAAUGAUCCAGGCUCUGGGAGGAUUCUUCGCCUAUUUUGUGAUCCUGGCUGAGAACGGCUUCCUCCCCAAGAACCUGGUGGGAAUUCGGCUGCACUGGGACGAUCGCAGUGUUAAUGACCUGGAGGACAGUUACGGACAGCAGUGGACAUAUGAACAACGGAAGAUAGUGGAAUUUACCUGCCACACAGCUUUCUUCGUCAGUAUUGUGGUGGUACAAUGGGCUGAUCUGGUGAUCUGUAAGACCAGGAGGAACUCCAUAUUCCAGCAAGGCAUGAAGAACAAGAUCCUGAUAUUUGGCCUGUUUGAGGAGACUGCUCUGGCUGCAUUACUCUCAUACUGUCCAGGGAUGGAUGUAGCACUCAGGAUGUACCCUCUGAAGCCAAACUGGUGGUUUUGUGCCUUUCCCUAUAGCUUCCUGAUCUUUGUCUAUGACGAAAUUCGCAAACUCAUCCUUCGCAGGAACCCAGGAGGUUGGGUCGAACGAGAAACCUACUACUGAUUGUGUUAUCACCUCAACAUUGCCGCCACACUCAGUUCACGCCCUUUCACCUCCAACCUCCGACCCCGCCCGGCUUGUUAAAAGGAAUGGGAGAACACAUCGAGAGCAGCCUCCGGCUGGGAGGCACGUCCCAGAAUCACCAACCUCCCUCCCACAUCACUCACUGAAAGCGGCCCCUCUCUGCCACUCUCCCCACUCCGCUGUGUGGAGGAGCCGUUCGCCAGAAGCUCCCCCUACUCGGGGGCUUUGGGGAACAGGGUCUCCAACGGCCGCCGAACUCAUCCACAGGGGGAUUAAAUCACUGGUUCCCACGGCGAGACCGGUGGUG